AUGGGUCAAGCGUUGAUAGUGAAGUACCAACAGUGCAGCAUGAAGGAGAGUCUGACCCAGGCAUCUCAGAGCACCUUGGUUGUGUCCGGUGCUCCAAAUGAUUCAAAUUUGAACGAGCAUCUGGUGGCAAUGCCGACUGUGGCGCUAAACGAGCAUCUGGUGGCGACGCCGACUGUGACACCAACUGUGACACCUCCACAGAAGUUUCAAAUCCCAUGGCAGAAGUUCCCAGUUACGUUGAUGAAUGCACUGAAGGAGAAGAAGAGACCACUACCAAAAGACAGAAGACACAUGAUCCGGAUCAUCAUGGAAGACAUGAUGGCUACUGACACCAGACCAGGCAGAAGCAAGUUGAAGCAGGUUGCACAACAGCUGGUUGAGAGAUAUCCUGAUUCCUUCUUGGACAAAUGUGGCAUAAAUGUUGUGGGUCAAGGUUUUGCAUCCCUUGUAAUGCAAAUGGAGAACAGGGUUGAGAAUGUCAGAAGACAGUAUGCUUUUAGCACAUCCCAUGAUGAGAGGCCCAAGAAAAAAUGCAGAGCUUCUGACCGUUAUGGUUGUACUCAAUGGCAACCUGAGUCACUGAAUGACUUUAACAGCCAUGAGGGUAAAAAGAAAAUGCUACAAGAUGCCUUUAAAGAAAACCUUCUCCCUCAGAGUGACAUUAAAAGACUGAUGUCUGAAACAUAUUAUGCCCAGCGCAUCACUCUGAAUAGUGAGGAAAAUAUUAUCAAAGUCAUGGAAGAAUGGCCUUACCUCUUCAACACCACCCAUCUGCUCGACCACACAGAGAAACUAAUGGGAUUUCCUGUCCAAACCAAAUUGCUGAACCAAAUUCAGGAGAAGGGCGAGAUCAUCACUGAGUUUCUUGGUAGCAAAGGAAUCAAAGGAGUUACUACAGACCCAUUGAAACUCCUCCAGGGUCUAGUGAAGUACCUCUCAGAGGAGCAAAAGGUGCUUUUAAUAAAUGAAGAAGAUGCCUUAGCAGAGCUGCCAAGCACCCCGUGUAUCAUAGUUAUGGAUGAAGGAAGAUACAAGAUGUCAGUGGAUGAAGUCCCAGUUAACAUAAUCGGCUGUCCACUAGUUGCUGUGAGCUAUAUGUUCAGCCUGUAUUAUGUGCUGAAUAUAAAGUAUCCAACGGGAGCAGCCUUGACUCUGGAGUUCAUCCAGAGGUGCCUGCUGGGGAUAAACCCAGAACGGGGCACGAAAGCAGAAAAGCGGGGGAAACAGUACAACAUCCCUCCAAAACUGCUUCGAUUCCUGUCGGACCUUAAUGACUUCAAGAAUCUGUGGAAGAUUUAAAGGUAAUUGCACACA